GAGACACCGAAAUCGGAACAGGCGCGGCAGGAAGAGUGACAGGGCAAAGGCCAGGGUGUGGGGAGAGCGGAUCUAGCCGCGCCGAGGGCACGGGACCCCCAGCCGGAUGGAGGAGGAGCAGGGUGGAGCCCAUGCAGAGGCUGAGUCAGAAGAGCGCAGCUGAAAAAGGCCGUGGCCAUGCAAUGCCGGUGGUGCCUUCCCCAGGCCGGGCUGGGCUGGAGCUGGCUCCAGGGAGCUCGGUGGGAUGCCCGGGGGAUCCUGCACACGCUCCCUGCCUUUGCGCCAGGUGCCAAGACCAGCUUCUUCCUCCGAGGGCUCCUCCCUGCAGGCCGUGCCUCCCCGCUCAGGAGCUUUGUCGGCUCUCAGGGAGGACUCCAGGAGAGCGCAGCCCAGCCUGGCUCUGCCCGCCAUGGCCAGAUGAUGCUGAGGAACGUGGCUUCUUCUGAUGCCAUUCAGAAGCACCGCAAGAGCCUGCUGAGCUGGCUCAGCCAACAGCCCAACGAGGAGCGGCAGUUCGGCCCCUCCUUCUCGCUGGACGCGGUGCACGUGGACCCCGUCAUCCGGGAGAGCUCCCUGGAGGACAUCCUGAAGCCCUCGCCCGACCCGACUGUCCACAACCAGCUGCAGGCGCCCAACAGCCGCGUUAUCGGCUUGCAGAACCUCUUUGACGCGGACGCCUGCGGGCGGCAGGUCAGGACGGUGGUGUUGUACGGCACCGUGGGCAUGGGCAAGAGCACCCUCAUCAAGAAGAUGGUGGUGGACUGGUGCCACGGGCACCUGCCCCGCUUCGAGGUGGUCGUGCCCUUCUCCUGCGAGGACCUGUCCCAGAGUAGCAGCCCCAUCUCGCUGCAGCGCCUCAUCACCAAGAAGUACCUGCACCUGCACAAGGUGGUGCCGCACCUGGGCUCCGCCAACCUCAGCACCCUCUUCGUCCUCAACGGCCUUGAGCGCCUCAACCUGGACUUCCGCCUGGCCAGCACUGAGCUGUGCUGCGACCCCAGCGAGCCCGUGCCGCCCACCGCCAUCGUGGUCAACCUGCUGAGGAAUUACCUGCUGCCAGAGGCCAGCAUCAUCGUCACCACGCGCCCGUCCGCUGUGCGCCGCAUCCCCAGCAAGUUCGUGGGCCGCUACGCCGAGAUCUGCGGCUUCUCGGACACCCACCUCCAGAAGCUGUACUUCCAGCUGCGCCUGAGCCAGCCAGGCUGCGACGCGGGCGGCGCGGGGGAGAACAACUUGGUGGAGAUGCUCUCGAGGAACCUGGAGCGUCACAACCAGAUCGCAGAGGCCUGCUUCCUGCCCUCCUACUGCUGGCUGGUCUGCACCACCCUGCACUUCCUCCACUACGCCCGGGCCGUGCCGCCCGCCCAGACCCUGACGGGCAUCUACACCAGCUUCCUGCGGCUCAACUUCAGCGGGGAGGUGCUGGACAGCACCGACCCCACGCAGAUCUCCAUGAUGAAGUACGUGGCCAAGACGGUGGGCAAGCUGGCGCACGAGGGGGUGACGUCACGGCAGACGUGCUUCUCGGAGGAGGACCUGCGGCGCUGCUUGGAGGGGGCCAUGAAGACGGAGAGCGAGCUCAACCUCCUCAGCGUCUUCCGCAGCGAUGCCUUCCGCUUCUUCCUCUCGCCCUGCGUGCAGCCGGGCAAGGAGCACACCUUCGUCUUCACCAUCCCCGCCAUGCAGGAGUACCUGGCUGCCCUCUACGUGGUGCUGGGCGAGAAGAAGACGCUGGGGCAGCGCGUGGGCCGGGAGGUGUCUGAGCUCAUCGGCAAGGUGAGCGAGGAUGUGGCCAUGGUGCUCAGCAUCGUCUCCAAGGUCCUGCCUCUGCGGGUCCUGCCACUGCUCUUCAACCUCCUCAAGAUGUUCCCCCGCUACUUCCAGCGGCUGGGCAGCAAGGACCGCGACACCAUCGCCCGCACCAUGGCCACCGAGCUCUUCCGGGAGGAGGACUACUUCAACGACGACGUGCUGGACCAGGUGGAUUCCAGCAUCCUGGGCGUGGAGGGCCCCCUGCGCCACCCCGACGAUGCGUCCGACGAUGAGGUCUUUGAGCUCUUCCCCAUCUUCAUGGGCGGGCUCCUGUCGCGCCGCAACCGAGCCAUCCUGGAGCAGCUGGGCUGCUCCAUCAAGAACCUGGCGGCCUUCGAGAUCGCCAAGGCCAUGAAGAAGACCGUCAUCCGCAACGGCCGCAAGGGGCUGCCCCCGUCCGAGCUGAUGGACUACCUCUUCUUCCUGCACGAGUUCCAGAACGAGCGCUUCGCCGCCGAGGCCGUGCGCUCCCUGCCGGCCCUCAACCUCUCCUCCGUCAAGAUGACCCCGCUCAAGUGUGCCUGUGCCGUGCUGGCCUCUGUCCUGGGCACCGCCGGGCACAAGGUGGAAGAGCUCAACCUGGCCCUGUGCCACCUCGACGCCGACAGCCUGCGGAUGCUCUUCCCCAUCCUGCUGCGGUGCAAGACGCUCCAUUUGCAGCUCAACAGCCUGGGCCCCGAUGCCUGCCAGGUGAUCCGGGACCUGCUCCUGCACGACAAGUGUGCGGUGAGCUCGCUGAGGCUCUCCGACAACCCGCUGAUGGAGCAGGGGGCGCAGCACCUGGCCGAGGCCAUCGCCGGCAACCGCUCGCUGCGGCACCUGUCGCUGCUGCACACCUCGCUGGGGGACCGCGGCGUGGAGCUCGUGGCCCGCAGCCUGGCCCAGAACCAGCACCUGCAGGAGCUCAACGUGGGCUACAACGCGGUGACGGACGAGGCGGCCCUGGGGCUGGUGGAGGUGGCCAAGCAGCACCCGACGCUGGAUAAAGUGCACCUGUACUUCAACGAGAUCAGCGAGGAGGGCAAGCGGGCGCUGCAGGGCCUGCGCACGGACCGCGACGGCGUCAAGGUGCUGGUGUUCCUCACCGUGGGCGUGGACGUGUCCAGCUACUGGCGCCACAUCCUGAGCGUGGCCCGGACGAACCUGCCCGUGUGGGACCGCGACCGCGUGCAGCAGCACCUGGCCCUGCUGCUGCAGGACCUGCAGAGCAGCCGGCGCCAGACCCGCAACCCCUGGAAGAAGGCCAAGCUGUGGCGGGUGGAGCGUGAGGUCAAGGGGAUGCUGAGCAAGAUCCAGCAGGGGGCGCUCUGAGCCCCGCCCGGCCCUCGCAGGCCUGUGGGGGGGGCACAGGGAGGCUCCCGCAGUGCCGUGAGUUUGUGAGGCCUCAGCUCAGCUGCAGCUCCGGAGAGCAGAGGCCACUGCAGCUCCCUGCCACGCUCCACACGGUGCUGUUGUGCCCACCGUGGGGCUCUGCCCUCGUCCACACCCUCACAUGCCUCGUGGCCAGACCUGGUGCUAGAGAAACACCUCCCCUCCCUCUUCCCCAGCCACCCCAGACUAGGCCCUAGCAGCGCCCUCAUGUGAUGGCAUCAUGAGUCCCGGGGGUAGCCAUAACCCUGCUCCCCCGGGCUGUCCCAUGAGCCCAGCUGGUGCCCGCUUGCCCAGCGCCCGCUACCCCUCACCAUGCUGCAGCUGAGCUCGGUAGGGGCUGGGCAUGGCAUUGGCCCCUGGGCUGCCAGGUGGGCAGAGGUCCCAAGGAAGGGGGCUGGGGCCAGGGCCGGGCCGUACUCUGUACCAACCCACCUCCAACUUGAGCUGUCCUGAGAGUCCUUGAAACAGCAGCCCCCGGCCGGGUUGAGCCAAUAUCCGGGCGCGUGCCCGUGCCCAGCUCCGCUCCACAUCCUAUAUAGACCGGGGCAGCAUAUGGCCCAUGGGGGAAGGCCUGGGAAGGGCAGGAAUGGUGCUGGAUGAGGCCUGCGUGUCAUUAAAGCUAAGCCAUGGUGCUUCCACUGCA